GUUCGAUUUAAAAUCGUUCAGAAGGGUCAUGGCUAUAUGAGAGAAGGAGUAAAAAUUCUCGAAAGGAAACGAACUAGAUACGAAUUGAUAGACUGUCUGACACUUGUAAAGAGGAUCAUAUAAAAGAAAAAAUGGCCCAAUUACCAGCAAAAUUAAUGUCAUUAACAAAAAAUUGUCUAAAACAGGCGGGUCCAAAACUACAAGUUUUUCAAGCUUAUGCUAAAGUGGAAUUAAUGCCACCAAAACUAUCUGAAUUGCCAGCAGUGAAAAGAAGUAUUACAGAUCUUAUUACAGCUGCUAAAACUGGUCGUUACAAAGAAUUAACCGUACGUGAAGCUUGGCUCAAUACUUUAGUCGCUAUAGAAAUAUAUUGUUGGUUUUAUGUAGGUGAAUGUAUUGGAAAACGACAUAUUGUUGGAUAUGAUGUGUAAGCCACAAUUAUUAUUACCUACGGUUAGAUAAUUAUGUAUAGAUGAUUAACUUCUUAAAUAUAUAAUAAUGGAAAAGAUAAUUUAA